GAAACUGAACUUCAAAAACUUUUCGAGCAAGUUGUAGAAAAUUUAAAAAACGGUGACAGCAUCCAAGUGCUGUGGUCAAAAUCUGAUGGUCCUCUAGGGUCAAACUGGAGUUUUGACCAAACAUUACUCUUUGCUGUUUCAGUUGUUACUUUAAUAGGUUACGGCAACAUGACACCCAAAACAACAUCUGGAAAGAUAUUCACCGUCGCAUUUGCCGUAGUUGGAAUUCCGAUGACGUUUUUAAUUGUUGCUGCUAUUGUUCAAAGAAUAAUUCAUUUUUCUUCCAAAUUUUAUUAUUUCGUUAGCGAUUUCUGUUUUUCUGGUCAUAAAGCGACGGUGUCGUGGUCAAUCUAUUGUUCAGCAUUUUUCUUGACCGUUCUCACCAUGUUCUUCAUUCUUCCAUCUUCCAUAUUUUAUUAUUUGGAAACGGAUUGGAGUUGGUUUGAUUCGUUUUAUUUCUGUUUUGUCUCCCUCACUACGAUCGGAUUUGGUGAUUAUGUACCAGCCAAGGACUACACGUAUCAGUACAAGGAACUUUACACUGUCGGCAUUACAUUUUACUUACUGACUGGGAUAAUUUUCUUAAUGGCGCUCGUGGAGGAAAUAUACAAGUCACCCAUCGUUCGUUCAGCUAUUUCUUUGUUCUCCUACAUGGACAACUCAGAUAAUGAGUUGAAAGUACAAGAAUUAAAUGAAAAUUCGAAAGAACGCAAGUCUUCGGUGUCGGAGCCCUAUGAGAAUAAAGGCUACCACAGCUUUGAUGAUCAUACGAAGAACCCACUCAAAGACACGUAG